UCUUUCGAUGUAGACCUGAUCAGUAUACACAUAGCAACACACAAAAUGGAAGAUCUUUGUUGUAUGGUGUUUUAUGGCACUUGCAAUGUUGUGACAGUAACGAUGAAUUACAUUUAAUCUCUAUUAAAGCAAUAACUUUUUUCAUUGACAUUAUAUUAUACUUCGAACGAUGCCAAAUGUAAAUUAUUUUACAUCUCGACGUGUGAAGAUUAAUUUAGUUUAACUACAUCACAGUGAUCAAACCAAAAUUUAUAGUGCAAUUAGAUUUAUUUGGAAGUUUUUUUUGAUAUGGAAUCUGCAGGCCAAAAUCAAGCUCAAAAUCCUGGGAACAGUGCUAACGAUGGAUUUGAAAACAAGGGCAGUUUAUCUUUCAGUUGUUUGUUAUUACGAUAUGCAAGUCAAAAUUCAUUGGAUGAGAGUUCCCAGAAACAUGUUCCUCGAGAAGGUUGUAGAGACAAACCACCAUAUAGAAAUCAUCAUCAUACCAAUCGUGCAUUUGAAGUAAUCAAUGAGAUGCGCAAAAAAAAUCUAUUAUGUGAUGUAAUCUUAGUAGCUGAUGGAGGAAUGGAAGUUCCAGCACAUAAAAUGGUUCUUGCUGCUUGUAGUCCUUAUUUCUAUGCCAUGUUUACAAGUUUUGAAGAACGUGAUCAAGAAAGAAUUACAUUGCAAGGAGUAGAUUACUCUGCUUUAGAGUUAUUAGUUGAAUAUGUAUAUUCUGCUGAAGUUCAUGUCACAGAGGACAUAGUACAAGUAUUACUACCAGCGGCAAAUCUUUUACAAUUAACAGAUGUUCGUGAUGCAUGUUGUGAUUUUUUACAAGCACAAUUACAUCCAUCGAAUUGUCUUGGAAUUCGUGCAUUCGCAGAUCUUCAUGGUUGUUUGGAAUUAUUGGCGCAUGCUGAUAGUUACAUAGAACAACAUUUCUCAGAAGUCGUUGAUGGGGAUGAAUUUUUAACUUUAUCACCUCAACAAGUUGCAAAAUUAAUCUGUAGUGAUCGUUUAAUGGUUCCAUCCGAAGAGAAGGUAUUUGAAUGUGUAAUUUCAUGGGUACAUCAUGACUUGGAAACACGACAAGCGCAUUUAGCUCAAUUAAUGGAACACGUUCGUUUGCCAUUACUUUCUCAAGAAUAUCUUGUACAACGUGUAGAGGAAGAACCACUUCUUAAAGCUAAUUUACAAUGUAAAGAUUUUUUAAUAGAAGCUUUGAAAUAUCAUUUACUAAAGGGUGAACAGAAAUCAUUAUUUAAAACACCACGUACAAAGCCAAGACAGCCACGUGGUUUACCUAAAGUAUUGCUAGUAGUUGGUGGUCAGGCUCCAAAAGCAAUUAGAAGCGUUGAGUGUUAUGAUUUUAAAGAAGAAAGAUGGUAUCAAGUGUCUGAAUUACCAACAAGACGUUGUAGGGCUGGAUUAUCUGUACUCGGUGAUCGCGUUUAUGCCGUAGGAGGCUUUAAUGGUUCUUUAAGAGUUCGUACAGUAGAUAUUUAUGAUGCAGCCACCGAUCAAUGGUCACCUUGUCCAGAAAUGUCUGCGAGAAGAUCAACUCUUGGCGUUGCAGUUCUUGGCAAUUGCAUUUAUGCUGUUGGUGGUUUCGAUGGUUCUACCGGAUUAAAUUCUGCCGAAGUAUACGAUCCAAAUAGUCACGAAUGGCGAAUGAUAGCACCAAUGUCAACACGUAGAAGUAGUGUCGGUGUUGGUGUCGUAAAAGGUCUUCUUUAUGCCGUCGGUGGAUACGACGGAGCAUCACGACAAUGUUUAUCCAGCGUAGAAUGUUAUAAUCCGGAUAAAGAUCAAUGGAAGCCAGUACCAGAAAUGUCUGCACGACGUAGCGGAGCAGGUGUAGGUGUAUUGGAUGGAAUAUUAUAUGCGGUUGGUGGACACGAUGGUCCAUUAAUAAGAAAAAGUGUAGAAGCUUUUAAUCCAGAAACUAAUCAAUGGACUCCAAUAAGCGAUAUGGCUCAUUGUAGAAGAAACGCUGGGGUUGUAGCUUUGAAUGGGCUUCUAUAUGUUGUUGGUGGUGAUGACGGUUUAUCAAGUUUAGCAUCCGUUGAAGUUUAUUCACCUAGAACCGAUACCUGGACUACAUUACCAACUUGUAUGGGAAUUGGUCGUAGUUAUGCUGGCGUUGCAAUAAUUGACAAACCAAUGGCACCUGCUACGACAAUGUGAGGUCUGC